AUGUGCUGGAAGAAGCAAACCAUCUACACGGGCUGCCGGCACAGUCACAUUGAAGAAAUCAUCUGCGACGACGAGAAGAAGCGCCAGAGAAGAUACGCCUUCCCGGCGGCGUCUACGAGUCCAUAUAAAUCAUACCAACAGCAACAGAAGCGGCAGGAGCAACGAGAACAGCACCACAGAAGCUCGUGGCUAGUCCUCGUCUGCCCAUGUUUCUCCCUCUUCUACACGUCCCCGAGGAAGGAAAAAUGCCGCCUCAAGCCUAUCCUCGAACCACUCAACGGCAAGUGUCCCCGAUGUGUCCGGGAAGAAGCUGACGCAGCAGAGCUUGGUGGCUUGGGCGUCAACACGCCGGCCCGACCGGAGGACGCCGUCGUGGUGACGUUCAGGCGGCAGGGGUUCAUUGGCGACAAGCACUUGCAUGCCGAGGGACGCUCGGGGAGUUGUGAUGCUUACGGGGCUACAGGACCGCAGCGGAAUCCGCAUCGAGAAGACUACAGGCCGUUGAGAAGCCGGCGCGACGGCAACGGUCCGACAGAGACUGGCCGCGGCGGUGCAGCGGCUGGAGCUAGUCAGAACCGGCCGCCGCUUUGGGUAAACGCCCGGUAUGAGGAAGCUGCUCGACAGGAACGGAUUCGUCGAGAGCAACAAAGUGCCCAGAAUCACGAGCAUUAUCAAAAAAACGCGCAACGGGUAACGGCGUAUCAUCAUAGGGAUCAUGGCCAGGACCAGGGGCCAAGUGGUUCUACGUUUAGCCGCGGAAGAAGCGCUUACAGUCAGCCCAGCCAGUCCAGAGACUCGACUGCACACCUCAUCCCUCGUCAGCUGCAAGUAUCGAAAGCCAAAGAGAAUCAAGAGAUGGCCAGGAAGGCAAGGGUCAACGGCCGCAGCACUGCGAAAGCGAGAAAGAGCCCGCCCCUGAGCGUUAUAUUAGAGGAGCGAAGCAGCUGGGGUAUCAGAGUGACGCUGCCGGGAGCCCAGACCUGCACACCGUAUGCCCUGAAUACACUCCGGAAUUGCCACUGGACGAGUUAA